AUGGUUGACCGAAAUCCUAAGGACUCUAUGAAGUCCACCUGGCGCCAGCAGGCUCGCUCAGAGUGGACACUCGCCCAUUGGUUCUACGAAUUAACCGACGUCCACCCCGAACACCUCGACCAAGAAGUACCCGUCCACCUCAAAGAAGAUGGUGUUCCAUACGUUCCAGACUGGUCUAUGCACCGCUGGGUUAUCGUGCACUCGGUGAUCCCACUCCUGCUUCAACAAGCCUAUAUUAGAUAUACAGGCCACAACUUUGGGCCCAUUGUCGCAUUCAUCUUCUACUGUCUCGCCUUCAAGGCCACCGCCAUUCAUGAACUCCACGUUCUCCGCCGCCUUGGUCACACCCACGGCUUCUUCGACGGAGAUAAGCACGCUCGUGAUGGCGUUCCAGACGUCGGCGCCGCGAAGGUCGUUCGCUCCCUGUUAUCGACCUCAACCUUCCGCCCUAUGUUCAGCGUCUUCCUCGCCUAUCGUACUAAGGAAACACCCGCUGAUGUUAGCAUUCCCUGGUUGCUUCUCGAAAUCAGUUUAUAUGGAAUCAUCCUCGACUUCUGGUUCUACUGGUACCACCGUAUUAUGCACGAUUUCGAGCCUAUGUGGAAGUACCACCGCACCCACCACCUGACCAAGCACCCGAACCCGCUCCUCACCCUCUACGCGGAUCUGGAACAGGAACUAUUCGACAUUGCCGGUAUUCCUCUGAUGACUUACUUCUCUAUGAAGCUGAUGGGCAUGCCUAUGGGUUUCUACGAGUGGUGGAUUUGCCACAUGUACGUUAUGUACGCCGAGCUGGCGGGCCACAGUGGUCUUCGUGUUCAUGCUACACCACCUUGCACCCUUAGCUGGCUUCUUCGCUAUUUCAAUGCCGAGCUUGUUAUUGAGGAUCACGACUUGCAUCACCGCAAGGGGUGGAAGAAGAGUUACAACUAUGGCAAACAGACUCGGCUUUGGGAUCGUAUCUUCGGGACAUGCUGUGAUCGCAUCGAGUCUAUGAAUCAUAAUGUUGACUAUGUGAACCAAUCUCCUAUGCCGUUGAUUUAA